GGGAGAGCCGGGAGGCGGCGGGCUACUUCCUUCCCGGCGCGGCAUAUGCAGUCCCGGCAGAGCGUGGGCAGCGGCGAAUUCCCAUGAUGCUUCGGUCAAAAGACACGAAAGAGGAAGCAGCCAUGAGAUUGUUGGUCUUCACUUGAUGAUGCAAGGCAGAAUGGCUGCUGUAGAAGCUGCAGACAUCCUUCAGAAUCCCAGGGCUAAGUCUCUCUUGGCCAAAGACAGAAAAGAGUCCCAAGAGGAAAAUGGGGCAGCUAGCCACCUCUCCAAACCCUGUGAUGCUUCCUUCGCUGGGGCAGAGCCGAAUUUGCAACAGGCACCAGCCAGCAAGCUGAAGAAGACAGCCUUUAAAUUCUUUGGGGGAAAGAGAAGCAUUUGCACCCUACCAAGCUUUUUUGGGGGGAAGAAUAAAAGCCAAGCCAAGGGAGCCUCCAAAAAGGGUCUCAGCAAGAGCAAGACUCAUGAUGGCAUCAGUGAUGUGGCGCAUGAAGAGGCCACUUCUGGAUGCCUCAGGAGUUCCUCAGACGGAGGGCCAGACUUUCCUCCUGCCCAGCUGCUGCCAAGUUCUCAGAGCUCUCUUUUGGGAACUGAGCUCAGAGUUGGCUUCACCCAGAGCUCAAACUUUCUGUCCAGCAACUCUGAAGGCUUUGAAAAGAAGCUGACCGGAGAGAAGUCCUUGUUCCUCCCCAGAUCCAAAAAGGGGCUGAAGGGGCUUUUCAACAGCAUUCGCCGUCAUCGGAAGAACAAAGUUGCUGAACCUGAGAAGACAGAGCUGCAAGAAUGGGCUCUCAGGGACACCGGGACCAAAGAACAGACACAUGGAAGUGGACUGGGUAGGAGUCUGCAAAGUGGAACUGUGACGCCAGAAUGUGUGGAGAAUUUCUCUGCCGAUGCUGUGCCUCAAAUUGCCAACCAUAAUGAGACAGGAGAGAUGGACUGCUUGGCCUCAUGCCCAGUGAGGUCCAUUGGUGAGGCAGCUAGAGGACCUGCGUCUCUUGAAGGAUUUCGAGAUGGACAGCCAAACCUGGAAGAUGUCUGUGCUGACUCUGCCUAUGGUGACCUCCCUGAUGCUUUUGAACCAGAGUUCCUGGAGAAGAACCCUCCUUGCCUACCAUCCAGGGAACAACUUAGCCUGAUGUUUGGGGAGGUGACGUCCCUUAAAAGCUUUGACUCUUUCACCGGUUGUGGAGAUAUCAUUGCAGAACCGGAUAUUGAUAGCAUCACAGAGAGCUCGACUUCUGUGGAACGCAGCCGGGAUGCUACCAAGAGGACCUCUUGUUUGGUUACUUACCAAGGUGGAGGGGAGGAAAUGGCCCUGCCGGAGGAUUUAGAAGAGUACCUCCAGCAGAUGUGGGCAGGAGCCAUCAAAGGAGAUGUAGCCUCUGAAGCACAUCUGCCGGAGCUCAUAACCAAAUGUGACCUUCAGGGUAUGGAUGGUGCCAAGCAGGAAGUUAAUCUAUACACUGAAGGAACAAGGAAUGAUAUAGACCUUCUGACACCACAUAGUGAUCAACAAGAAUCUGCUCCCAAUAGUGAUGAGGGCUACUACGAUUCUACCACCCCAGGUCCUGAAGAUGAAGCUAUUGAUGGUUUAGAUGAAAUAAAAAAGGACCGCCUUCCGAGGGACAGCUACAGUGGGGAUGCUCUUUAUGAGUUCUAUGAACCAGAUGAUGCAUUGAUGAGCCCAUCUCAUGGAGAUGGAUCCUGGUUUGAUGGGAAACUGUCUCCUUCAAAGAUUUUUGACCAGUUUUUGGACUUUGCUCUCCUUGAUGAGAAGGACUUGAUCUGGCUGAUGGAUCAGAAAAGUGAAGUGAUGGAAACAGAAGAGCAGAGGCUGGCAACUCUCCAGAAACAGCUGCUUUUUGGGGAGAUGCAAAGAGAGCCAGCCCUGAAACACCUCCAGGAGCUUAGAAGAGACCAACAUCUGAGACCAGGGCAGUUGUCUGAAUGUAAAAUGCAAACAACCCACUUAGUUGGGAAGAGCUCGAGUUGCCUUGGUUGUGAGCAAAUGAAUUUUUGUGCUUUGAACAAAAGUCUAAGUGGUGGAAAGAAGCUAGCAGAAAACCAAGACUGGGAAGAUGAUCUCCACAAGCAGCUCUAUCCAGAAAAGCUUUGUGAUAGCAACAGCACCACUAAAGCACACGAUAGUUGCCUUCUUCAGCCAUUAGAGAAUUGUUCAGAGUUGGGCUCCAGCGAUGAACAUCCGGUGCUUGAUUCCCGUGCUUUGGCUUCAGGAAACUCUGUGACCUUCCCUCUCUACAGAGUGCAUGGCCACCACGGCUGCUCUCCAAAAGCUAACUUUCAGGAGCCCUGCCAGGAACACAACGAAGAACCAGAACAAGCUGUCAACUUCUCACAAGCCUUGGUGGAAUUCACCAGCAAUGGGACUCUUUUCUCCAGCCUGUCUGAAAGUCUUAGAAGCUCCAAUUCAGGCUCUGAGUUUACUCAGAACCUUCCUGACCUGCCCACAAUGGUGACUUUUGAUAUUGUCGAUGUGGAACAAGAAGGGGAAGGGGAAUGCGAGGAGCAUCUGCAGAUGAACACGGAUGAGGAUAUGACCGCAUCCUUUGAGGCUUUCAGGGACACUUAUGACUCCAAAGCACCCUUUGCUGAAUGUGAUGAGCGAAUGUUUCCUGAGUAUCCUCAGAUCUCUUUCCACUGGGGAGCUGCCAGCCUUCCUCGGCGUCUUCGGCUUCAGGAACUGAAUGCACCUCUGCUGGAGCCUCUGUCCAUCUGCAGGAGAAGCCGAUCCCUUGAUACUGAAAGUCUGGAGUUUGAGCUGGCAAGCUUGCAGCUAUUCAAGAAAAGUUUUAGACCAUUUGAGCUCUGUAGCGGUUCCAAAAAGGAUCCUGGUCCUCUUGGGUUGGACAAUGGCCAGGAAGGUGUGCCACAUUCUCCAGGAGAAAGAGAAGAAGCUAUUGGUGGCCUCUCAUGGCCAGGACGGUUGAAUGUACCACAUGGCAAGGCGGAAAUUUCCUUGCAAGAAAUAAAAACAGGAGAGACUAGUUGGCAUACACUCCCCUCUCAAAGUCCUUGGGGAAUAUUGGAGCACUCUGACAAGGCUCCACCUUUGGCUCACCUGGGUCAGAAUUCCACCAAGGAACCAGCUGGACACCUUCAUGCAGAUGGAAGCAACCAUCCAGUCCUUCCAGCAUUGAGACCAUUGACCAGGCCUUCCACUCUGUUUCUGCAAGCGCCUGUGAUGUCACCAGAGGGCUCUACUCCUCAGAGGCCUGGUGGGGACAGUCUGUCUAAAAAACAUGCUUGGGUCCUCCCUUUGGGAAAGAAAGAGCUAGACUUGCCUUUGAGCUUUAAUUUCCCUUGCUCCUCUGACAAGCCAUCAAUGUAUAAGCCUAGGGAUGUGGCUCAGGGAACAUCUCAGCUUCACACCGAGCAGUGCUGAGAACCACCCAUAGGGGCUGAACAUUGGGAAAACUCUAGACCCAGAACAUUUGGGAAGCACUUCCUGCCAGCUAGUUAGUCUAUGAACUUAGCUAACUAAAUAGCUUUUGUGAAUAGGGCUCCAGCUGAAUUGGAGUGAGCUUUUCUUCCGGUAGGCUGUGAGAAUACAGAAAAUACUGCAAAUACUGUUGACUUUGGUUUGAAGCUAGGAGAACUCGGUGAAAUGUUGAUGUUUCUCCUUAAACAGACAUGCUUGUAGGUAGAGGGAACAUCUGUUGAUCUACAAAAUGAUAUGGAGAGAACAGGGACACUCAGAAGUUGAGAUGGGAAUAAAGUCCUGGAUUAUUUCCAAUUGCACCAUCAUGGGAAGAGAAGCAGAAAUAAUUUCCAAAAGUCAACGAGCUGGCCAAAGUUAGAAGGUAUAUUUAGAAGGAGCAAAAAGCUCAAGGACCUGCCAAAAUGAGAGGUUUGCUUAUGGUGAAACUUGUUAACUCCUAGUUUUUGAGGGCACAUGUGCCGGGAAGGCAACCUGCUAAGCUGCUUUUAUUCCAAAAGGUGCCUGUAGAAGAGAGGGCAAAUAGAGAAGUACUGGCAUGGUUACCUUUUAUGUCUCAGAACCUCCUCCAGAAGGGGUGGGGCCAAUUUUCUCCUCCUUUUUUUUAGUUGGGAGGGAAGUUGAGGGAUAGAAUUAGUGCCUUAAGCUUACCACCCAUUUUAUAUCCUCCCAACGGGUCUUGACCUGGGCCAUGGUUGGAAUGUGGCCUUUGACAAAUGGCACAAGGUCUUGGAUAGCCUUCAGUCAACAGAAGUCUGGCACUUGUGAUAUAUAGGAUUGUGGCUGUGCAGCAUAUCUUAAGUGUGUUUACUUGUUUCAGCAGCAUUUCCCAACCUUGGCAAAUUGAAGGUGAGUGGAUUUCAAUUCCCAGAAUUCUCGGCAAUGGCUAUGCUGGCUAUGGAAUUGUGGGAGUUGAAGUCCAUAUACCUAGAAAUGGCCCAGGUUUGGAAGCCCUGAAUUAGGGGGGCGUGCUGCUCAAUUCAGUUGGGCUUUCUAUAGUUUUAAAGGGGGGGGGGCAGAAAACUAUCCCAACUUGUUGCUUGUCAAUGAGGAGAUUCGUUUGCAGUAGAUGGGCUGGGUAAAAUAGCAAGGAGUUGGCUGUCAGUUAAAUUAGGGUAAGAUGUGAUUAGAGGGGAGAUGGCCAAAAAAGGCUCUGAAAUAGGUAAUCUAGAAGGAUCUUACUUGGGGGUAUAUUACUUUUAAGAAGCCAUGCAUACAAUUAAAAAGUUAAAAACACUUCUUGAUACUGAAACAAAGUAAUGUCAAUGCAGUGGUGGUCUUGCAAUAUCUGAAAGAGCAUAUUUUAAAAGGAGCAGGGACCCCAAUACAUGCAAAACUGCCCUUAUUUAAAGUAAUGGGAUUCUGUUUUGUUUUGUUUUUUAUUAUGGUUAAAUUUUAGAGCUGUGCAACGUUUCCAGUUUGAUUCCAGAAAGGAGUCUUGCCUUGCUUGUAAGUGUUGGUUCCUGUGUGUUUGUGAACCCUGUCCCUAGCACUUUCAAGACGCUGUGGCAUUUUCCAGGAUCAGCUGGCCAUUGCAGAAAGAAACCAUCCGAUCUAGAGAAAGGAUGCAGGUGCUUUAAUGAGUUACAUCCAGACACUCUGUGUGUGUGUGUGUGUUUGUGUUCCGAAGUUUAUUAUUUGGAAUCAGGUUUAAAGUGCUGCCGGGCAGAAUAUCUGUUGAAAUCAAUUUUCUAGGGUGCCUAGAAUGCUUGGUAGAUAUAUCUGUGGAAUGAGGGGUUCUUGGUUCUCUGUGAACUUGGUCGUCUUUUUGCAGACCUUUCAUUACCCAAACUAGGUAAUGUUAUCAGUGCUACUGAUGAUGUUACCUAGUUUGGGUAAUGAAAGGUCUACAGGAAAAGCUCAGAAAACAUCAAGGAAUAUUUGAGCUACAAAUAUUCUCCUUUAUUGAUAAUUACAAAAUUUGUGCAGGAGAACUUCAGGGAGACUCAGCUCUAGCAAUCCAGCAACACUUUUCCCAUGGUUGCCCCAGCGGUAUUCAGAAUUCGCAACUGAGGCAAACUUUGAGAGUCUGAUUGCUAAUACUUCAGAAUCCUUUUGGCACAAGAAUCGAUGGGCCUGCUGGCAGAGCAAGAGUCUCACUGCUGCAUGAGGAUGAAGAAGCUGACAAGCUCUCUGUGAUUAUCACCCAUUCUUCAUUGGGCUGCCGGAAAGCUCUAGAGCCCGGAUCCCUGAAAUUUGGUGGUGAAAUUUUACUUUUGAAAGAAAUGGGAAUGAAAAAUAAAACCCUUGUGAUUAACUUAUAUUAAUCUGGGUGUAUCAUUAAAGUUCUCCCUCUAAACAGGGGCUAGAAUAUUUGAGGCUGUCCUCUUCUGGAGGCUGCUCUUGAAAAGAAGCAAACGGGGCUCUUGGCCAUAAAAAGGCUGCUUCCAUUUGUGGCAAGUCAAGGAUUUCCCAUUGAGGAGUAGCCAUCCCUGGCGAAAGAAAAGCUGGAAAUUGGGUAAUAAAAUAGGGGCAAAGCUACUACAGGUAGUCCUUGACUUAUGACCACAAUUCAGCCCAAAUUUCUGCUGCUGAACAAGACAACUGUUAAGU